GUGUCGGACGAGGAGCUAGAUCUGACGACACGGAGCCAAACGCGGUGGCACGAAAUCGGAUGUGACCUCGGCACACAGACCGAGAUAAAACAUUGGCACGUAGGCCGAGAUACAAAUACCGAUGCGUAGGCCGGGAUACAAAUAUUGACACACAGACCGAGAUACGAAUAUCGACAUGCAAGCCGAGAUACGAAUAUCGGCACGCAGGCCGGGACAUACAACAUCACACAAGUCUGGUCAAAACAUAAUGACAAUGAGGGCUCAGGGGCCCGAUUCACAGUAAAGGCCCGAAGCACUAAGGGAGUGCGCAACCAUGAAAGCUAAAAGGCUCGACCAGCGUCAAAAGCGUACUACUUUGGCAGAUCUGUACUGGCAGGAGAGGUUCUGUCCUAGAUCGCUGAUGGAGGUCACUAGUAAGGCCGGCUCAGCGUGGAAAAUGUCUGCCAGCGCUCGCUAUUUUACCCGUAGUGAGGACUACGAGCGGCUCAUGGCGGGGGCAAUGGCCGGAAUGCUGCUGCGGAGGGUGACGAGGUAACACGGGUGAAGGAGGAGCAGGAAAGGCUGCCACCUCGUGGUGGCGGCAAUGGCGUGAGGCAGCGACAACAUGAGGAGGAGAAAGAGGAGAGCUAUGGUCGGCGUCGCGAAGAGGAGGAAGAGAAGGAGGUUGUCGCUGUGGCUGGCGUUGCGAGGAGGAGGAAGAAGGGAAGGAGGUCGUCGCUGUGGUCGGCGUUGCGAGGAGGAGGAAGAAAGGAAGGAGGUCGUCGCCGACGUCGAGAGUAGAAGAAAGAAGAAGAAGAAGAUCAUCGUCGACGGCCGUCGCUCGAGGGUGACGGCGAAGGAGGUGACAACGAUAACGGCGCGGUGAGGAGAGGGAGAGAAAAAGAGGUGGCUGCCAGCAACCGGUAUCGGCACCGGCAAGGAGCAUGGGAGGGGAGAGGACCGGUUCCUGUUGACGGCGACCAAGCCAAAAAGAAAAUUACGAAAACCCCCCACCCCUUUUUGCUACAGUACUCUCCCUCUUAAGCCCUAGUUAACCCUUGACCAAAAUACCCUCCACUCUCCUUCACAUUUCUUCUUUGCCCUUAACCUAUAUCCACAUCAGUGUUCAUGGUUAAAAUACGAUACAUCUUAAGCCAAAGCGUAGGAGAUUAAUUUCGGUUGAAAGUAAGAAGGCAAGAUGUUUGAGGCGGUGUUGUGGGGUUUGCUCAUCUUCUCUGUUAGCCUUAUCGUCUUCUCCAAGUUCAGCCACGUCGCCGCUUACCGCUACCCCGUCCGCCUACCGGUCGUCGGCCACCUCUAUUUGCUUAUCCGUCAUCGGUACCUGCACCAUGCUCUGGCCUGCCUCAGCGACCGCUAUGGCCCCUCCCCGCUCCUCCUCUACUUCGGCUCGCGCCGCACCCUCGUUGUCUCCUCAUCCGCCGCCGUCCGACAGUGUUUCACCUACCUCGACCUCAAUUUCACCAACCGCCCCAUGCUCCUCUCCGGCAUCCACUUAAAUUACAACUGCACAACCAUGAUCACCCUCCCCUACGGCCCCGAGUGGAUCAACCUCCGCCGUUUCGCCGCACUCCACAUCUUCUCCCCCGCCCACCUACAGGCCUUCAGUCAGCUCCUCUCCAACAGACUCCGCGUCCUCCUCCGGAGCCUUUUUCGCGGCGGUGGCGAAGGCGAAGGGUUCCAGCAGGUGGACUGGAGGUGGAGGAUGAAGGAGGUGGUAUUGGACUCAUUGAUGGAAAUGAUAAUUGGGAGGAGGCAGAAGGGCGAGGGGAAUGAGUUAGUGAGGAUGAUAGACGAAGCGUUCCAAAUGAGCGCGGUGGUGAGCCCGGAAGAGUUACUGCCGUGGCUGAGUUGGAUGGGGACGAGGCGGCAGAUGCAGAGGUUGGAGAAGGAGUUGGACGCCCAGCUGCAGGGGAUGGUGGAUGAGAAGCGCGGAGAGCGAGCGGCGGAAGGGGAUCGAAAGCAGAGCAUGAUGGACAUGAUGCUUGACGAUCCACACUAUACUGACACAACCAUCAAAGGAAUGGUGCAGAACAUGCUUUUAGCCGGAACUGAUACGACCACCACGACCUUGGAAUGGGCAAUGGCGCUGCUCCUCAACCACUCCCACCUCCUCCAGAAGCUCCACCGCGAAAUCGAAGCCCACGUCGGCCACAGCCGUCUCGUGGACCCCUCCGACCUCCCGAGCCUUCGCUGCGUCACCAACGUCAUCAAGGAGACCCUGCGGCUGUACCCUCCGGGGCCGCUGCUGGUGCCAAGGGAGUCCGUGGCGGACUGCGAGGUGGGCGGCGUCGCCGUGCCGCGCGGCACGAUGCUGAUCGUGAACGCGCACAAGCUGCACCGGGACCCGGAGCUGUGGGAGGAGCCGAUGCAGUUCAAGCCGGAGCGGUUCGAGAGGGAGGGGGAAGGGAAGGGGCACAAGUACGUGCCGUUCGGAUGCGGGAGGCGGCGCUGCCCGGGGGAAGCCAUGGCGUUGAGUUCCAUCGGGCUAGUGCUGGCGUCGCUGGUGCAGUGCUUCGAGUGGAAGAGGGUCGGGGAGGAAGAGGUGGAUCUGACAGAAGAGCCGGGUUUUACCGUACCAUUGGCCACUCCGUUGCUGGCCCUGUGCAAGCCACGCGACGCCAUGGUCGAUCUCUUGGCACAACUAUAA